CACACUUGAGAGAGUGUGGGUGGAUGUAGGGGGAUGGGAAAUGCUUAUACACCAGGCAGAACAUCAGGAAACAGGCCCUGGUCUUGAGUCAGCACUUUGGGCUCUCAUCCUGAUGUUUGCCUCCUUGGCCCUGUUGUGGAGUGCAGACCAGGUAGGGCUGUGCUGAGGUAGCUCACAGCCUCUUCCCUCUACCCUCCUCUAACAGACUUGCUAAAAACAGCAAGAGGUCCCUGGCUUCUGCGGCUAAGCUUCCUGCCGUUAAGGGGAUAGGAGGCACCAGGCAUGGUGGUGGUGGUUGUGCACUCGGGAGGCAGAGGCAGGUGGGUCUGCAUAAGUUUAAGCCCAGGCAUGUCUACACACCAAGGUCCAGGACAGCGAGGGCUAGGCAGAGAACCCUGUCUCAGAGACAAAGAAGUGUGGGGGGAGACUGGGGCACGGGAAGCUGCCUUGAGGAUGGACACAAAGUGAAGCUCCCCUAAGGGGAUGGUUGAGGACGGCAGUAGUCCUUGGCAUUCAGCAGGUCCCUGUCUUGUACAUGGGAAGGCUGCAGAACGGUGAGUACAGUGGAGUGAUGAUCCUUCUGGGAAAUGUUUGAAUGACUUCAAGCACAAGACAGGAUUUAUUUAACCAGCACUUGUGGCAGGACUAGAGUCCUUCCUGCCUGCUGUCCUUCAGGGGCGGUUGUGGGGGUACCACUCUGUGGAACUUUGCAUUGUCUCUUCUGAUUGGCUGGGCAUGAGACAAUGGGAGCUCCACUUGGGGGGAGGGGGGUCCCUUUUGCUGGCCUGUAAGGGAGGUGGUGGCCAGGUUUCUAAGUGCUGGGGAGGGUGGAGGGACCCUUGGUUCCUGAUGGGCACCUUAUCAGCAAGUGCCAGAGAAGAACGGGCCUUGAGUGAGCGCUGUUAUCAGCCCCCGAGUCCACAGGACACUUGGGUUAAUGUAUAACCACAAGGCUUCCCCUCUGCCCUCGGAAGCCACUGGUUCCUAAAGAGAAGUGACUCAACAUGGAUGCCAGAGAAGAGGGGCUGCCCCUGGAGACACUCUUGUCAGACCAACACCCACAGGUCCGUAGGUGGCUGGUCCCCUUCAUCCUUGCCUGCUUCCUUUACUUCCUCCUCUGGAUUCCUGUGGACCAGCCAUCUUGGGUCAGUGCCCUAAUCAAGUGCCAGCCCAUUCUCUGCCUGGUUGUGUUCCUGUGGGCUGUGGCCCCUGGUGGGAGCUACACCUGGCUCCUGCAAGGAGCUCUUGUAUGUUCUGCUGUGGGAGAUGCCUGCCUCAUCUGGCCUGAAGCUUUCUUUUAUGGCGUGGCUGCCUUCUCUGUUGCCCACUUGUUGUACCUCUGGGCUUUUGGCCUGUCCCCGCUGCGGCCCAGAGUGCUGCUGUGCACCUCCUUGGCCUCUCUGACGUACUACAGCUUCCUCCUGCCGCACCUCAAGCCGAACAUGGUGUUACCCGUAUCAGCCUACGGGCUAGUCUUGAACUCCAUGCUGUGGCGCGGCCUUGGCUGGGGCGGAAGUGCCGGCUGGGGCGCAGUGCUCUUUGUAUUCUCAGACUGUGUGCUGGCCUGGAACACUUUCGUCUCUUCUUUACCUUUUGCCCGUUUAGUGACCAUGAGCACCUACUAUGCAGCCCAGCUCCUCCUCACCCUGUCAGCCCUCAGGAACCCAGGGCUCAAAACCCACUAAAGCAGGACCCAGGCAGCCUGGUAGCCCCUCCUGACCCAGCCUAGCAAGUGAAUGCUUGCAGUCAUAUGCCAACAGAUAUGUGGCAUCUUAAACAUCUGUGCACUGCUGGCAGAACUUCAGAUCUACCAGACUUCAAGCUGCCUUCCCUGGCUUCUGCUUUUGGAUUCCAGGAUCCUCAACCCAGCCCAAGUCCUGUCUUCCCUCCCCAUGCCCACUUCCUUCCCCGGCAGCCUUUCCUAGCUCCCUGCCCCUUCACACGGCUCCAGAUCUGCUUAUGGCUGUUGAAGUAAAACGAGCGUUGGAA